AUGUACGUGAUUAACAGAAAGGGGGAGAAGGAGCCGGUGUCCUUCGACCAAAUCCUCCACAGGGUGCAAUCCCUUUGUUACGGCCUUCAUCCUUUAGUUGAUGCGGCCAGAGUCAGUCAGGCAGUCAUCAAUGGCAUGUUUGCUGGCAUCAAAACCAGUCAGCUGGACGAGCUGGCAGCCCAAACAAGUGCUUACAUGGCCGCAACGCACCCUGACUUCUCCAAGCUGGCUGCCCGGAUAGCUAUCGACAAUCUUCACAAGAAUACAUCUGCGGACUUUGCGGAAGUUGUAGAACAGCUGCACUCCUACAUGGACAACCAAGGGAGGGAGGCGCCACUGAUUCAUAAAGAUGUAUACGAGUUUGUCAUGCAAAAUCGAGCGAGCCUCAAUGCGGCCAUCAAGUACCACAGAGAUUUCGACUACGAUUACUUCGCAUUCAAAACCCUGGAGAGAUCCUACCUCCUGCGCAUGCGCGGCACGAUCGUGGAGAGGCCGCAGCAUAUGAUUAUGCGCGUGGCUUGCGGCAUCCAUUACGGAGAUCUGGAAAGGACGAUUGAGACAUACGAGCUUAUGAGUCUCAAGCUGUUCACGCAUGCUACCCCAACUCUUUUUAACGCCGGCACUCCUCGCCCUCAGAUGAGCAGCUGCUUCCUUCUGACGAUGCAGGACGAUUCUAUCGAUGGUAUUUUCAGCACCUUGCGGCAGUGCGCAUUGAUCUCCAAGACAGCGGGAGGCCUAGGCCUCUCAAUUACCAACAUUCGUGCAACGGGCAGCUACAUCAGAGGAACCAACGGCUACUCCAAUGGACUCAUUCCGAUGCUUAGAGUCUUCAACGACGCCUCUCGCUACGUCGACCAAGGCGGCGGCAAGCGCAAGGGCAGCCUUGCAGUGUACGUGGAGCCCUGGCAUUCAGACAUCUUCGAGUUUCUGGAUAUCCGAAAAAAUCAUGGGAAGGAGGAGAUGCGCGCCAGGGACCUCUUUCCGGCCCUGUGGGUUCCGGACCUCUUUAUGGAGCGCGUCUUUGAUAACGGCUCGUGGACGUUGAUGUGUCCCUGCGAGUGCCCUGGUCUGACUGAAACGUGGGGUUCUGAGUUCGCUGCCUUGUACGAGAAAUACGAGCGCGAGGGGCGGGGACGGAAGACGAUACCGGCUCAGCAGCUCUGGUUCGCUAUCCUGCAAUCGCAGAUCGAAACAGGCACCCCCUACAUGAUGUACAAGGACGCAUGCAACAGGAAGAGCAACCAGCAAAACUUGGGGAUCAUUCGAUCGAGUAAUCUGUGCUGCGAAAUCGUGGAGUACACCAGUCCCGACGAGGUCGCUGUGUGCAACUUGGCCUCCGUGUCUCUCCCUCGAUUCGUGGAUGUCGAGAAGAAGCUCUUCGACUUCGCGAAGCUCAUGGCUGUUGUGAAGGUCAUGACUCGGAAUCUGAACCGUGUCAUCGAUAGAAAUUACUACCCCGUCCCAGAAGCCCGCUACAGCAACCUGCGACACCGCCCCAUCGGCUUGGGUGUGCAAGGGCUCGCGGAUGCCUUCCUCCUCUUGCGACUUCCCUUCGACAGUCCCCCAGCCAGAGAGCUCAACAAAAACAUCUUCGAAUGCAUCUAUUACGCCGCAUGCGAAGCCAGCAUGGAGCUUGCAGCAGAGCAAGGGCCUUACGAGACAUACGCGGGCUCUCCGGCGUCUAAAGGUCUCCUGCAGUUCGACCUUUGGAAUGUCAAGCCAACCAGUGGACUGUGCAACUGGGAUAGCCUCAAGGAAAAGAUUAAGAAGCACGGAUUGAGGAACUCCCUGCUGGUGGCCCCUAUGCCUACUGCGAGCACCUCACAAAUCCUUGGCAACAACGAGGCCUUCGAGCCUUACACGUCCAACAUUUACUGCCGCCGAGUGCUCAGCGGAGAGUUCUUCGUCGUUAAUCCCCACUUGCUGCGAGACUUGCUGGAGCUUGGCUUGUGGAAUGAGGACCUGAGGCAGAAGUUGAUCGCUCAUAACGGCAGCGUGCAGCAUCUGGCAGAGAUUCCGGACGAUCUAAAGGAGCUUUAUCGCACGGUUUGGGAGAUAAAGCAGCGCAGCAUUGUUGAUAUGGCGGUAGAUCGCGCGCCCUUCGUAGACCAGUCCCAGUCUUUAAAUAUCCACAUGCGGAAUCCCACUUUCGCGAAGCUCUCGACGAUGCACUUCCACGCGUGGAAUUCCGGACUCAAGACGGGCAUUUACUAUUUAAGGACGCAGGCGGCAGCGGACGCCAUUAAGUUCACUGUUGACCAGAGUGUGGCGAAGGCGGCUAAGAAGAAUCAGCAACUGCCACACCCCCCCGCCAGCUCCCCAGCCUCAGAGACACCCGAAUGUGCAGCCGACAAGCCUGCGGGAGAAGUAGACCCUGCUGUUGUGCCAGAAAAAAGCAGCGAAGGCGGAAGUGACAACGCCAGUUCGUCACCUGUCGGCGCAGUGUGCCGCCUCCGUCCAAAGGGCCUACGCGACGACGAGCCUUGCGCUAUGUGCUCUGGGUAG